AUGGCCGCCUCUCUCCCAGCCAAGCUGAAGAUCAAGGACAUCACGCCCUUUGCAGUGCGCGCCUCGCAACUAGAGAAACACAAACCCAUCGUCUCAUAUUGGUGCAACUACUACAUCAUCGACCAGAUCCUCUCCAAGGGCCUGCACUCGGCCGACGAUGAGUGCAUGCAAUACACGACUACUUUGAUGGACAAGCUGGAGCAGACCAAGACCGAGCAAGCAGGCAACGAUGCUAUCCUAGACGAUAUCGCAGCAAAGGCAUACAUUGAGCAGUUCGCUCUCGAUACGUUCCAACGCGCCGAUGAUGCCAUCCACAACAACCAAGCCUCACGCCAAACCAUCGACACCUUCCAGGCUGCCGUCACCUUCUUUGAACUUCUGUCCAUGUCCAUCUGGGCCCCUAUCGAUCCGGACAUCACAGCAAAGUCCAAGUACGCAAAGUUCCACGCCGUCCGCAUCGCCAAAGCCAUCAAGGCCGGCGAAGAUCCCAACGAUUCGAAUCCUGUCAAGGAGGAGCCUUUGGAAGAUACUACUUCAAGCACAUACCAUCCUCCUACCGUCGAGAGUGCUCCCGAAAGUCAGUAUCCUUCACGUCCAGCCUCAGUCAUCCAACCUGGUCCUGUUGUUUCACCGCCCGCUCAAGAUGCUGUAUCGCCUGUCGAGACUGCCACAAAUCCGCGCCAGAACUCUAUUGGCGGUGGCUACUUCCCUUCUACUCCCACUUUCACUUCGGACCCUGCUGGAACCGCCGCGCCUUCCACCGAUCCAGCAACCCCCUCUGUGCCUUCCGCUCCGCCACCGGCUGUAGCUGUGGAUGCACCCAUGUCGCCUUCGCAAUUUUACACACAGCCUACACAACCGCCGACUUCGAUACCCAUGCACACCCCUGCCAUCGUUCCGCCACCGGUGCCGGCUCCAGUGCCUCUUCCACCUGUGCAGGCCGUGGCUCCAGGUACAUACCGAACCGACGACGAUUCAGUCAUGCUGGCUCAGAAGCAUGCCAAAUGGGCCAUGUCAGCCCUCAACUUCGAGGAUGUCGAUACUGCUGUCAAGGAGUUGAGGUUGGCCCUUCAGACAUUGGGCGCAAGCUAG